UACUUGUCCCACUAAGAUAUUUAACCUUGGAAAUUAGGCAAAAAUUCCCAUUUUAAAUUCAUAAUGUUAAUCUCAAUCUCAGUACCAAACAUAGAAAUUAAUAAUAUUUGAAAAUCAAAUUUCCAUUUCCAUUUUAAUGCUCACAAUACCAAACACUCUCUUAGUAUCUUUUAUUCCUUCCUUUGGUUCCUAAUACUUCACAUUUCAUCUCACCCUCCUCCUAAAUGUCCACCUAAAUUCAAACUAUCUCAAUUCUCUCUUCUCAUUCACUCAUUUCUGGAUCAUCACAAUAAUGCCCGAAGUUGAUCUCACUUCAGUUUGCGCCUGCGAUCCUAAAGUCACUUGCGAAACUCACGCUAAAACCAACGACUAUAAUAGUUCUCUGACGCUAGAAGAAGUGAUUCCGACGAUUCUACAUCCCGAUUACGCCCCUGAAUCUUUCUUUCUUUCCAAAGACGCUGAAAUUGAUAGGCUCGAUCGCAACUCUUUUCUUGAUUGCAACGCUUCUGGAAAAAGAUGUAAUACUUCGAUUUCAACGAAUUUGAACCCGAUUCAUAUCUCUUCCGGAUCACAUCGUUAUUCAGGUAAUUUGAAGUCACUAAUUGCACUUCCUAAAUCUCAGAAACAGAAUUAUGCUGAAGUUAAGAAUCGGAGACAUUGUCGGGCUUCGAGUGUACGUCUUUUUCCAAAACGAUCCGAACAGGCUAGGGGUAAACAGGUUGUCGUUUUAUCUGAACCGGGUUCGCCUAAGGUUUCUUGUAUUGGUAGAGUGAGGUCUAGGAAGGAUAAGAGUCGGCGAGGGAAGAACCGGAAGAAGGAUAGUGAACCGGAUUUGGUUCGGGUUAAGAGUGUUAAAGGUAAGAAGUAUGGAUUCUGGAAACAUGUCCGGUCUAUUUUCCGGUUUAAAGAGAAUAAAUUCGAGUGUAAGGAAAGUCAAUGUGAAGAGGAAUAUAUGAUGGUUUUCAAAAGAAGUUUUAGUUCAAAGAAAAAACGUGAGUUUUAUUUAAAAACUAAGGGUGAUUGUGGUGGUUCAAGUGAAAUGAGUCCGGUUGAACCUCCCGGUUUAGAAGGAAUGAAACGGUUUGCUUCCGGUCGAAAGUCUGAUGCCUGGGCCGGGGACGUGGAAGUUGACGGUGCUGAGUCAGAGCAGCCGUAGGAUCGAAGUGGACGUGGUAAUAUCUGGCAGCGAAGAGAGGUGGGUCCGCCUGUAGAGAUUUACAUUCAUCGUGAUUGGCGGACGGUGGGGCCAGUAUCUUUAUGAUGUGGAGAAGGUAAGUGGGUCCUACUUUCAUUUUAUUGAUCGAUCUAUCAUACAAAUGAGUUUAUUAAAUAAAUUUAAGAAAUAGAAUGGAUUUGUAGAGUAGAUAAUACAGAUGAAGAUAUGAAUAAUGAGUGUGUAAAAAAUGUAAAUGUUGUAAAGUCAAAAAAAAAAAAAGUUCAAAUAAUAAUUUUAUACUUAUAUGAAGCUAAUUAAUUAGAAGAACGACAUAUUAAUAAUUUUAUUUUUAAGUGAGGUAUAUUUUUGAUUUGGGUGUGUAAUGUGUUAAUUUUUUCUAAAAAAAAUGUAAUGUGUUAAUGGUUCAUCGGGUUUUACAUAAAUUAUGGAUUUUGUCAUAUUUUAUGCCUUAGAAUUUUCUUAUGCAUUAUUUUUUUUUUGUUACAAUAAGUUUUAUGAGAAUACAAGGUGCAAGUAUACAAUGGUCAUCUAGUUACUCCAUGUCAAUUUCUCUAUGGUUCAUUGAAGUGCUUGAAAACACUUUCGUAGAAUGAUCUUACUCAUAUUGUCUUUGUGUCAUCAAUCUUGAAGAUAAGUCAAAAAUGUCGUUUAUGUUCAAUAAAAUUAGUUCCCUCAACCCAUCAUCGUCAUCUUACUCAGUAUACCUCGCCCAUAAAACUAUGACUAGAAUCUGAGGAUAAAAGGACAACGACAACUCAUACCCAUAAAAAAGAGCGCGGUCAAUGAGUCCCUCAACUUGAGAAAGAUCAUGAGUAGUUCCUGCAAAGAAUAAGACUGGGUGAAGCUGACGCUAACUCCACAAGCGUGUAUCUUAUCACCCAAAUGUGAUCGUUAAAAAUUAAUCAAAGAUAAAUUACCUAGAAUAAUUCAACGUUAGUAGUCCUUUUUACUCUUUAGUCCAUCACAAACCAACACAUUUAUUUAAGCACAAAUUACCUAAAAUAAUUCAAAUUUUAUAAAUUUUCUUAUAAUAAACCCAAUUUUUUUAUUAGCCAUGAAUAAUCUAAAUUUUAGGGUCACUUACCCAAGAACAUUAUUGUCUAGAUGAUGACCAAUUUUUACAGGUUAAUUGCAAAAAAAAAUUAAAAAUUAGAAUCAUAAAAAUAAUUACACUUGAUUCUUUUUUAUUUUUUAAAAUUUUUAAAUUUUCUUAUAAUUUAAUUUUGUAUUUACUUUUGAAUUUCUUUUGUGCAAAAUGAUUAGUUGUAUAGGUUAGUUUGGUGCAUUCUUAUCAAGCACCUCUUAUUGUUCGGAUAAUUCAUAGUUAAUCAAAAGUAGAAAUAAUUAUAGGAAAAUCAGUAAAAAGUUGAAUUAUUCAAUGUAAUUUUCCAUUAUUUAACCAAAAAAAUUGACAAGGCAAAACCCUUUAAUUAUCCAACUAAUUUUAUAAUUUUUCGUCACUUAUUUAGCAGUUAUACGUUUUCUAAUUAAGUUUCGAUCAAAUCUGAAUUUAAAAAAUCCAAUAUUAAUUUACUUUCAUUUCAAUUUUAUUUCAAUUUAAUUACAUAUUUUUGUCCAAAAUUCUAAAAUAUUUAAACAUAAAAAGAUACAUAAAAUUAUUAUACAUUUUAAAUGUGUAAGCUUGACCAAAACCAUCCAACAUUAAUUGGAUUGACAUCUAACACAAAUAGCACACCUGAGCUGGUUCAAUUGUUUGGCUAGCAACCAAAAUCAUGCAUUUGAUCCAACAUUAUACACUAAUUCAAUUAUUUAUAUAGUUAGCUAUCUUAAAACAUAGCAUAUAUAAUCUUUAUGAUCUGUUUCUUAUCUCUUAAAGAUCCUAAUUUUUGGUUUCAAAUUAUCGAUUACUUAAGGGCAUUAAUUAUUUAUUUCCACUUAUUUGGAUAAAAUCAUUGAUAUUUUUUAUAUGAAAUAAAAUCAUUGAUAUUUUUUAUAUGAAAUGAUCAUAUUUUUCUGUGAGCGGGAUACAUUAGAUAUGAUGAUGAUGACAAAAUGAUUGUCAGUUGUUGCCUUUUUUAAUUGAUUUGUUUGACUAGUUGAAUAUGUUAACUUUUUAUUUUUGCUUAAAAAUAAUAUACCAAACACUUCUUUUAACUUUUUGUCCAACCAAUAAGUCCAAAAUCAAUUUAAAAUUUUUUUAUUAAACACCACAAAGAGUAAUAACAAUCCAAAGAAAUAUUAAAAACAAUCAUAAAGCUAAGUCACAAACAAUAAUUAAUGUUGGAAUCAUAGAAGUAAUAUCAUUUAAGAUGUAUAGCAUUCUGAAUAUAUAACCUUGUUUGAAAUAGGAAUCAAUAUUCAGUGAUACACACUCUAAAAAUGUUAUUUUCUUUAUGUCAUUUUUUCCAGAUCUAAUUAAUUGAAAGCAAAAUGCAAUAUUUGGCAAUAAUAAAAUCACAAUUUUUUUGAAAACAAGUGAGAAAUAUUGACAAAAAAAGUACACAAAAAAAAGUACAAAAAACCAUAAAAUACAAUAAAUUACAUUGUAUGAAACGUUUUUCGCUGGCCCAACUAAUACCAAUUAUUAACAAAUAAAUUUCAUAUGUUGAGAUCGUCUUAUCGAAAUACGAUCUCUUACCAGAUUAAUUAGCUAUUAAUAAAUAUCUUAAACCUCAUCAUAUGUUUGGAUAAUUCUUCCAUUCAAUGGCUGCUCGGGCCUCGCGUUAUUCUUGUUCUCUUCACAAAGUGGAGCUUGGAGUGCAGCUACUUGUUCCACUGAUAUUGUUUUCGCCUAUCAUUUUCACGGUGGAAAAAUUAGUAUCAGGGCCGAGCAAAGAAUAUGAGACUAUUUAUUUAUUGAUGUUUAACUAAUACUCACUUCUGUUUACCCAAUGUGUUCUAUUUGACUUUUCAUUAUUUUUCAGAUGGUUAAAUGAGAUCACAUAUAAAAGAAAAAAGUGUAGUAUUUUUAAAUUUUAAUAGAGGUAAAGUGGGGUUAGUAUGUGUAAAAGUGUGAGAAGGUUAAGUUUAGUAGGGAUAAAUUGGUAAAGUUAAUAUACUCAAAAUAAAAAUAAGACAUUUAAGGUGACUUGACCAAAUAAGGAAAUGAGACACUUUAGAAGAAUAGGAGGGAGUAAAUGAUAGAAGUUUUAGAUGCAUGCGGAACUUGUAGGACCAAAUAAAUAUUGUAUUAUAUUUAGUGAAUACAAAUAUUUGAUUGAAUCAUAAUCUAUACAAAAGUAAUUUUGGUGGGACACUUGUUCUCCACAUAUACCCUCUUCAAUUAUGUUUUUAUGUGAGCUUUGAGCUGUGAACUCAUGUCUCACUUAUCUUUCACACCUCUCAUUUUAAGGUGUAUAUUUCUUGUGCACUCAGGCAUAUGAUUGGUGCACUCUUUCUCUAGUAAGCCAAACAACCUCUUCUCUAUAGUAAGCCAAACAAUCUAUUUAUACUAAAAUGCAGGGAGUUUAAAUAAAAGUUUGUUACACAUUACUCUACAUAUCUCUAGAGGUCUUAAUUUUUGUACUUCUUAUCUAGAUUUUUUUUAUCAUUGUCUAGAUUUUUUAGGCUUAAUCUAGUCAAGUUCAUUUUAGAUUUUUCAUAUUACAUUUUAUUAGU